AGGCGAGCCGCUUUACGGCAUUUUUACAACACUUCACAUCCAUUUCCGGUAUAAACACAUGGGACGUCUGAGCUAGCUAAACACAGGGGUCAAAAGUUAUGCUCCUGUUCUGUAACAGAAACGGAACAUAACACAGAGAAAUGGCCAGCUCCAUGGUGGCAGUGGGACUGGCUCUGGCAGCAGCUGGAUUUGCAGGACGAUACGCCAUGCAGGCCAUGAAACAAAUGGAGCCUCAAGUCAAACAGGCACUUCAGAGUCUUCCCAAGACGGCCUUUGGAGGAGGGUACUACAGAGGUGGAUUUGAGCCAAAGAUGUCAAAGAGAGAAGCGGCUCUGAUUUUAGGCGUCAGUCCCACGGCCAACAAAAAUAAGAUUAGAGAGGCUCAUAGGAAACUGAUGAUCCUGAACCACCCAGAUAGAGGUGGAUCUCCCUACAUAGCAGCAAAAAUCAAUGAAGCGAAGGACCUGAUGGAUGGCCAAGCCAAGAAAUAAAAUGUUUAAUUUUUUUUCUUAUUCAUGCUGAUUUACUGAGCUAGCACUUCAUUUUUUUAAUUCUUCAAUAAAAUCACUGUAAUAACUUGAAAA